UUGUUUAGUGUCUGUUCUUGUCUUGUCUGGCAACACACACCAACUCUGAUGAUCCAACUCGACGGUCCUGCAAAGAUUAAAAUGGAGAAAAAAGAAAAAAGGAAUAACAUAUUAAUAUAGGUCAUGGCAUAAUGAUUUCAGGGUGGCUCGUCUUUGUCGGAGCUGCUGCUGUCUUCACACUACAGGCUCGGUCUUGCCAGACCAACGAGUUCACCUUAAGUGACGGACAGUGCUGUCCGACCUGCAACGAAGGGAUGAAGGUUACAGAAGACUGCAUGAUAGAUUCAGGUACACGAUGCGGCCCAUGUGAGACGGGGACCUUCAUGAACAAACCCAGUGGACUGAAAUAUUGUUUUCCCUGCACGGUCUGUCACCUAGGUGACGGUCUCUUUGUCAAGGAGGAGUGCAAAAAAACAUCUGACACAGUCUGCGAGGCCUUAACCGGGUAUUUCUGCAGAAGUUACUCAGAUGACACAGGAUGUAGUUUGGCAGACAAACACUCCAGUUGUAAAAGUGGACAGAGGAUAAAGGAAGCUGGAACGACCAGAAAUGACACGGUGUGUGAAGAUUGUCGACAGGGUUACUUUUCUUCGGAUGGUGUGAACUGCACCCUGUGGACGAAAUGCUCUGAAACUCAGAAACAAGUCAAAGCAGGAAGCUCGACCAGUGAUGUUGUCUGCAGUGAUGCAUCAAGAAACCAUCAUGUGUUGUUUGCACCUUUCAUCCUUUUCACAGUUACACUUGUGUUUCUAAUCAAAGGUAAGACCAGCGUGUAAAACUUUCAGAAGCGAUCCUUGAUCCUGCUAAACGUGUGCUGUGUGACUUCUGAAUGCUGCAUUGAAGCCCGUCCACGUAGUGCCUAGAGCCUUGAUGCUUUCAGACAUGAUGCCAGGCUUUCGUCGCUGAUUGUUCUGCAUAUGAUAUAACACACUGUCCACAAUAUCACGAUUCUAACAGGAACCAUCAAGUUACAUGCCAGCUUCUUUGAAUUUAAAGAUUUUAGAAUCUUUAAACUUUUUUUUUUU